UGUCGUGUCGUCAUCACGCACGCAGUGUUUGGUUUCCGCGCCGAGCCGAUAUGGCAGCGACGAUCCUCGAGAGUAAACCAGGCGAUGAGCCUACUGAUGGAGGGGAGGACGCGGACAGGUCGAUGCUGAGGGCCGACAGCGGCAGCGGAGAUGACUCCAUGGACGGCAUCAGUAGUCACGUCACCUGCUGUCCUCUGACUCCAUCGUUGUCUCCACGGAAACGGACCACGAGCCAGUCCAAGACGGAGCCUCCUCUGCUGAGAACCAACAAGAGGACCAUCUACACAGCAGGCAGACCUCCGUGGUACAAUGUCACCGGGACCACCUUCAAAGAGGCCUUCGUUAUCGGCCUGUGUGGAGGAAGUGCCUCUGGAAAAACCACAGUGGCCAAUAAGAUAAUUGAAGCACUAGAUGUUCCCUGGGUGGUUCUGCUUUCAAUGGACUCCUUUUACAAGGUGUUAAAUAAAGAAGAGCAGGAGCUUGCUGCUAAAAAUGAGUAUAACUUUGAUCACCCCGAUGCCUUCGACUUUGAGCUGCUGAUCACCGUCCUCAGGAAGCUGAAGAAGGGGAAAAGCAUCAAAGUUCCUGUUUAUGACUUCACCAACCACAGCAGACGCAAGGAAUGGAAAACCGUUUAUGGAGCUAAUGUGGUCAUCUUCGAGGGCAUCUUGGCGUUCGCCAACAAAGAGCUGCUAAAGCUUCUGGACAUGAAGGUGUUUGUGGACACAGAUUCAGACAUCCGGCUGAUACGCCGGCUGAAGAGGGACGUGUCUCAGCGUGGACGCGACAUCAACGGCAUCAUCAAACAAUACAAUAAGUUUGUGAAGCCAGCGUUUGAGCAGUACAUCGAGCCGACGGUGCAGGUUGCCGACAUCGUGGUUCCCAGAGGUGGAGACAACUUUGUGGCUUUAGAUUUGAUCGUUCAGCACGUCCACAGUCAGCUGGAGAAGAGGAAGCUUCGCUGGGAUAUAUCGGCUCUAGCCUCGGCUCAUCAGGGUCAGCCUUUACCCAAAACCCUCAGCGUCCUGGAGAGCACGCCUCAGGUCCGCGGCAUGCACACCAUCAUCAGGAACAAGGAGACCAACAGAGACGAGUUUAUCUUCUACUCCAAGAGAUUAAUGAGGCUGCUGAUAGAGCACGCCCUCUCCUUCCUGCCCCUCAAGCCCGUUUCAGUGGAGACGCCUCAAGGCACCAUCUAUGAGGGGAAGAGGCUGAGCGGUAAAAGAAUCACGGGGGUUUCUAUCCUGAGAGCCGGGGAGACCAUGGAGCAGGCCCUGACUGCCGUCUGUAAAGACAUCCGGCUUGGAAAGAUCCUCAUUCAGACCAACCAUGACACAGGAGAACCUGAGCUUCACUACCUUCGUCUGCCGAAGGAGAUCAGCGAAGAUUACGUCAUCCUGAUGGACAGCACCGUCUCCACUGGGGCCGCUGCUCUCAUGGCCGUCAGAGUUCUGCUGGACCACGAUGUGGCCGAGGAUAAGAUCUUCCUGCUCUCGCUGCUCAUGGCAGAAAUGGGCGUCCACUCUGUUGCCUACGCUUUCCCCAAAGUCCGCAUCAUCACCACCGCUGUGGAUAAGGAGGUGAACGACCAGUUCCACAUCAUUCCAGGAAUCGGUAACUUUGGGGAUCGCUACUUCGGGACUGAUGCUCCAUCAGAUGUCUGUGAAAGCGAUGAAGGGAUGGAUUUCUAAAGAGGGAACAAACGGCAUAAUGUUACAGGAGCGCUUCGCUGUGGAAGCAGCAACCAACAAAAACAGAUUCCUGCUCUGCUCGACUCUAGCAGCAGAGACGCUCUAAACCUGUUCCUGUUGGAUCCCACAGAACGGUUUUAAUCCCAAAAGAAGGUUUUAUGUGCAUAAGGUUACAGCUGCGUUUAAAAAGGGAUCAGAGAUAAAUGGGCGCGGUUACUGCCAGCUCUGAACCUUUUCCACAAUUCAAACUAAGGCAAUCUAGGAGUUUAUUUUUAUCUUGUCUAUAAUUUCUCCUGUGAUGCUUUUAAGUUUAUUUUAUUUACUGUCAAUUUACAUCAAAUUGAGACACAUGUUGUAUAUAAAUUAAUUUAAUUUAAACCAGAUCUCUGCUUAGCCUCGAUUGGAUUUAACAACACUUUAUGUUAAUCUAUAUUUUGCAC